CCUGACCUACCCCCCCCAAGCUUCACAGCCAGCAGUAAGAAGCGCGGUGUUUCGCGGUGGAUUCCUUAGGUUGUGUCCUAACGCUCCAUCCACGCUUGAGUUCUUUAUACCCCUUUCACAACCUCAGUCGAACAUGAUCUCCAGGGCCCAAGUGAGGCGAGUUCUGCAGAGGGUGCCCGGGAAGCAGCGAUUUGGCAUCUACAGGUUCCUGCCUUUCUUUUUUGUCCUGGGAGGAACGAUGGAGUGGAUCAUGAUUAAAGUGCGCGUGGGCCACGAGACUUUCUAUGAUGUCUACCGUAGAAAAGCCUCAGAAAGGCAGUAUCAGAGAAGACUGGAUGAUGCAUCAGAAACUGAACUUCAGCAGUCAAUAAAGUCAACAUGAACUUUA